CGUCAACCCAACGGCCCAUCUCCGUCGAUCGUUUCCCCCCUGUUCCCCCCACACUCAUGGCGGUUGUUCCAUCAGUCCACUCCCCGUCUCGUCUCUCGGGUAAGACCUCUCUCUGCUCUCGGCACGAUGGCGGCUCGACAAGAUUCCAACAACAUUGCAUGGGACCGAACCGAUGACCUGUGGGAUGAAGCGGCCCUGGGGCCCCCCGUCUGCAACGACGUGGCGGCGGUCCACAACUCGACCAGCGUGGAUGACAUCCUGUCCCUCAUCCGGGACGACGGCGACGACGAGUGGCUCGCCGCCUCGACCUCUCCCGGCCUGCUGGGUGUCAUAGUGAGGAUAAAGUUCAGGAUCUACCCCGACUUCAAGGUCUACGCGCAACAGAAGACGUGAGAGAGCGACGAGGCCUCCUCCCCUCUUUCACUGUCUGUCGCCGGCGAGGCGGGCCCGACUUCUUCGG